UAGCUGUUUUGCAACUGUUGCAGGGGCGUGUUUUUUUUUUUUUACUAAUUUAUCAGCACAUUUCUGGCUUUUUACCCUAUAGAUUUUUAUUGUAGACAACAUCAGAGCUUUACCAUAGUUACCGCAUUUUUGUGCUUGCUAAAAUGGCUAACAUUGACCUCGCAGCGAUUGGAAAUAACACUUUGAAGAGCGAGACGGGGGAGACUGUGGAGCUGAAGUCUCUAUGGAAGGACCAACCAGUGGUGCUGUUCUUCCUGCGCAGGUUCGGUUGCCAGAUUUGCCGGUGGAUGGCGUCAGAAAUAAGCAAAUUAGAGCCAGAUUUGAAGGCCAGUGGUGUGUCUCUGGUUGGGGUUGGACCAGAAGAAUUUGGGUUGCAAGAGUUUAAAGAAGGCGGCUUUUUUAAAGGAGCUAUUUUCAUUGAUGAGAAGAAGAAAUGCUACAAGGACCUUGGCUUCAAAAGAUACACUGCUCUAAGUGUUGUUCCUGCUGCUCUGGGGAAGAAAGUACGAGACAUCUCCUCAAAGGCAAAUGCAGCAGGAAUCCAAGGAAACUUCUCUGGAGACCUGCUUCAAAGUGGAGGCAUGCUCAUUGUGGACAAAGGUGGAGAGCAAGUACUGCUACACUUUGUUCAGGACUCCCCCGGGGACAUGGUUCCUCUGGAGGAGAUCUCGAAGGCCGUGGGGGUCUCGGCUAAAGUCCAGGCUGGACAGAAACCUGUGUGCAAUGAUGACGUCUGUACAAGAUGAUGGUGCUAUGGCGGAUGAAAACACUCCCCAAGUUUAUAAUGAAGUAAAGCCUUGUAAUUUAACACUGCUUUUUCAGUUUGUAAAUCAGUUCUAUUUUGUGUAAAUGUAAUUUUAAUUUUCUAACCAUAGUUAUAAAUAUGUGGUUUUACACGUGAUAAUCUUGUGUUUUUAUUCAACAUGUGUUAAUUGUGUAUCAUUGUACAAUAUUGUAAUUUUGUAAUUUCUUGAACUCUUCUUGUUCAUAGGCCCUGUCUAGCAAGGCUCUCAAAAAUACUUAUUAUGCACAUACUAUUCAAAGUGUACUUGUAUUUACUUAAAAUACAUUGCAUUUUCUUCAUGGAUUUUAAAACCAUACUUUGAAACUUUCUGGGCAGAAAAGUUUACAAAGUCCAUUUUUGUAACAAGUCUUUUUCCUGACAAUGUUUAAAUCCAGGCUCUAGAUGUUUUUUGUUUUGUCUGUUUGCCUGUGUGAUGCCUGUGUGACCAAAAUGACUUAUACAUUUUAUAAUUAUUUACAAUUGUAUUUGUAUUGUGAUUUGAAUGUUUUAAAUUUUGUGUACUAAUUGUGCCUUUCAAAUAAACUUGCCUUGAUAUCCUGUUA